AUGGAUGGGGUGGUAGAGAUUGCAUGGUAUUGUCCUGCUGGGAAGCCCAAAGAUAUUUUCACUGAAUGUGUUGCAUUCUGUAAUCUCCAUGGUGGUGCCAUAGCGAAUGAAAUUCAGCGUGACAUACUGAUUGAAAAAGCCUCAGUCAAUGUUAUCCUUUUACCAAGUCUUGGAAAAGGCGACAAAAGGAUGGCAAUCGUGCAGGAGCUGUUCAAGUCUUCUAAACCUCUGAUAUGUCUGCUCACUGAAGAGGAUUCUGUUUCAACUGAAAUAAAAAAAGGGAAAGUACAAAAUGGGUUUAAGAGACAGAAAUCAGUCAGAUGUGUCCGAGGACCUAAAAGGGAUCAUUAGAAAUAAUUUGUCAAGACCAUGUCGCUCCUUCAAACUUGAGGACAUGGCAGAGUACCCAGGGGUUAGGGUAGAUGAUGAUGAUGAAGAUUGCCAGGUAGGGAAGACUAAUGCUCUGCAGAUAAAGGAUCUGCUUAAGAAAAUGGAACGGUCCAAUAUCAAAUAA